AACAAUCAGGAACUUUACUGUAAAAAGAACUAAUAGUGUAAGAGGAUCGUCUGCCACAGAUAUUGUAUUAAUAAUUAAAGUGGCCUCACCUGAAAAAAAUUGGCAGUACCGUAAUUGCCCCUGUUCAGCGGUGCACAGUGCAACUCUAUAGAAAGUGGUGAAAAAAGAUUUUGAGGUUCGUUUCUUGGUUAUGCAAUGGCCUCAGCAAAGUUUUAAAAGAGCAAAGAAGAGUGCGGAGUAUCAGGCCGAAAAGACUUCAUGCUGCAUGCAUACAGAAUGGAGGGGUACCUCAUUCCACCUCCACCCGAAGAAAUCAUGCAUUAUGAUGCUGAUAUAUUUCGACAGCCUGUAGAAUAUUACCCGUACUUCAACAGCGAUGGGGAGGGCCCUGCCGAUCAUACAUGGGACUACCACCCCCAUCAUGUUUACGCUAACGAGUGUGAGAACAUUCAAGAAAACCAGCUGGCGGAGCUGCAGAGUGUUCCCCCCCAGCACAUCUCUGGCCUGCACCGGGUCGGGGAACCUGAGCCUAUCUAUGCCCUGGAUCCCACACUUGGGUCUCAUCACCUGGCCAUUGCACCGCCGAUGCAGUACUACUCCCGCAAUGCCUAUUUUCCACAUCCCUCCCCGGCCCAACGCAGCACAGACGAAGAGGACCCAGGUGGCAGAAGCCCCCCCUUCGAGGUGUCGGAUGGAGAAGGGGACAUCGGGGAUCGCAUGCCGUGUCCGCCUGGGGGGGAGGCGGGCAACAAGAAGAAGAUUCGCCUGUACCAGUUCCUGCUGGAUUUGCUCCGCAAUGGAGACAUGAAGGAAAGCAUCUGGUGGGUAGACAAGGAUAAAGGCACUUUUCAGUUCUCUUCCAAGCACAAGGAGGCGCUGGCCAACCGCUGGGGUAUUCAGAAGGGGAACCGCAAGAAAAUGACGUAUCAAAAGAUGGCCCGAGCUCUUCGGAACUACGGCAAGACGGGAGAGGUCAAGAAGAUCAAGAAGAAGCUUACAUACCAGUUCAGUGGAGAGGUUCUGGGGAAAAUGGCCAUAGAAAAGAAAAUAUUCCCACACUUAUAGGGCAAGGACUGAGAUAUACUGUUUUACUCUUCAUGUGAGGUAUGACUUUUAUAUACACAGAUUGAAAAGCCACCAAAAACUUACUUUAGGUUCCAAUACAGUCUUCAUGGGGUUUUUCAAAUGUCAUUUCUGUGCAGGAAUACAAAGCAAAUAAGUACUAAUAUGUUUUAUUUUACUUUAUUUACUACAAUUCAUAUGAAAUAAGUGUGUUAAAUAGAUGUUUCAGCUUUGUUUUCGGUACUGAUUUUGCAUUAAGUAAUAGUUUUCAUGGUAUCAGUAUGCAAUGCAUGCAGUGUAAAUACUUUAGACCUUAUUGUGAAAAUACAAAAGGGGAAGUGAAUAUACAUGACACAAUGUCACACAGCAGUCAGUGGAAAUCAGCAGCUUCCCACAGCCUCAGUUCAUUACCAGUAGUGCCCACGCAAAGUAUAGCAGAGAAAACGACGCUGAACCCUGAGUGCUUUGGGCCUGGAGGCUUUGUGAUGAACCUGUCUUCCUUUUAAAUGCUCAUCAGUUAUUCCUGCCUUCUCAGUUCUGGCCAACAGACUGAAGCUAAAAUGGACUGUUUUUUUUAUUUAAAAUGUGUAUAUAGUAUGGUCUUUGAAAAACUUUAAAUUGUGAGAUAUAGACAGAUUCUCAAUAAGUGCUUAGCACAUUGGUGUGUAGCAACGAUAAUAUACAUUAAAUCAGCUUAAUACAGCUGAUAAAUACUGUACAUGUGUCAGGUAAGGUAUAAGGACACAAAUCAUUUCAGAUCAUUUGAGUAGCAUAGCUUUUUAUUUUGAGCUGAAUCACAGUGUAUUCUGUCUUUUAAAUAAAUUAUUUAUUAUAUAAAAAUCA